AUGAGCAGUGCACGCCAGUGUGAACAGUCCCGAAGCGAGACGAAUUAGAACAAGAAUAACAUCGAGAACGACGAUGAGAAUGAAUAUGGAGUUUUGACCAACAUAUGACCAAAUUAUGCCCGAAACAUGUAACGACAACAAAUAUUCAUAUACCGGAAGUCCCGCCCUCUCUAUCCCCGGUAACGCGGAUUUGGUCAAUCAUGUCCCAGACGGUCCGAGAGGAAAACGCUGCGAACGAGGUUAGUCAGAGCCAGCAGGUCUUCUUCGGCGGUGGAGUCGCAGGGAUACUUUUUCACCUUUGCAAGCAACUGAUGCUAUUAUCGCUUGGAGUUUACUAACGUGUUAUUAAUGGGAACAUUUGGAUGCCGUUAAAGACGAAGUCUGAAUAACUAAUCUCGCAGUAUUUCCAUCGCUGCAGACGAACCGCCAGCCUCUCCUCUGUGAGGUGAGAUGGUUCCUCAAAACACAGAUCUACUGUACCGGGAACAGUGGCCUGCUCUCUGAGCUCAUCUACCGGUGGAUCGACGGGAUCUAUUCACAGUGAUUUCAUAUUGUUCACGGUGUAGCGUCACCAUCAGGAGAUCCUGAUCAGUAACCAGCAGAACCACUCGGAGGUCGAGGAAGCGACAGGAUAACCAGGAGGAGAUGGAGCCAUGCAAAGCUGGGGGGGUGAUCGCCUUCAUCAGCUCGGCCUCCAGCCCAGAGUCCUGCCACAGCGACCCACCCGGCCGCCCGUCUCUGUCGGUGCCCCCCCGUGGCGCCCCUCCCCCUGCCGUCGGACCGCCCCCACCGGCCGCACCCCAGAAAUCUGGCCGCGCUUCCAACAUCACUCCCAAAGGAAGCAUCACAAAGCUCAGCGGGCUGGUGCUGCUGUGUAAGGUGUGCGGCGACGUGGCCUCAGGGUUCCACUACGGGGUCCAUGCCUGCGAGGGUUGCAAGGGCUUCUUCCGCCGCAGCAUCCAGCAGAACAUCCUCUACAAGAAGUGCCUGAAGGAUGAUGGCUGCCCCAUCAUGCGCAUUAACCGCAACCGCUGCCAGCAGUGCCGCUUCAAGAAGUGUCUGCUGGUCGGGAUGUCCCGGGACUCUGUGCGUUUUGGUCGCAUCCCGAAGCGUGAGAAGCAGCGCAUGCUGCUGGAGAUGCAGAGCGCCAUGAACAACAUGAUGACCAACGGCGACCUCCACGCCAACCAGCAGCUCGCCAUCGCGGCAGUAGCCCCCCCAGCCCCCCCCGCCGACCCCGUGGAGCCGGACCCGGUGCCGGCGGUCGCCAUGGACACGGGCCCCAGCUCCGCCUCCGACAGCGGGGAGGAGGAGGUGAUCGGCUCGGUGACGCGGGCCCACCGCGAGGACUUCAUGUACAACCAGGAGCAGGGGCGCGGCCUCUCCUCCGGCGGGACCCCCCCCUCCCCCUCGGACCUCCAGGACGGCGGCGUGGGCGUCGCUGAUGGCAUCAAGGUGUCUUCCUAUAGGACGCCGGGCACGGAGGAGCGGCAGGAGGCCUGGACCAACCUCCACAACAACCUGUGCACUGUCGCCGCCCAGGGCCCCCCGACCGCAGGCGGCUCUGGCCCUCAGGGGCCUGAGGCCCUCAGCCCGGGGGACCGCUGCCCCUACAGACUGCCUUACAUCUCCCCCGGGGGCCAGUGCCCGGCCAACCACCACGGCUCCUUCAAGGGCCCCCCCCACCACGCCGUCGGCGGGGGCAACAGAAUGCACCUGGUGUGUCCCAUGAACCUGUCCCCCCACGUUGACCCCCACAAGUCGGGCCAGGGCGUGUGGGCCGAGUUCUCCCAGAGCUUCACCCCUGCGGUGCGGGAGGUGGUGGAGUUUGCCAAGAAGAUCCCGGGCUUCAGGGACCUGUCGCAGCACGACCAGGUCAGCCUGCUGAAGGCUGGCACCUUCGAGGAAGUACGGCGUGGAGGCGCUGCGGGCCAUGGGCGCCGGAGAUCUGCUCGCCUCGAUGUUGGACUUCAGCCAGAAGCUCAGCAGCCUGGGCCUGAGCGAGGAGGAGAUGAGCCUGUUCACGGCCGUGGUUCUGGUGUCCGCAGACCGCUCGGGCAUCGAGAACGUGAACUCGGUGGAGGCUCUGCAGGAGACUCUGAUCCGGGCGCUGCGCAGCCUGAUCUCCAAGAACCACCCGCCCAGCGACACGGCCGUGUUCACCAAGCUGCUGCUCAAGCUGCCCGACCUGCACACCCUCAACAACAUGCACUCUGAGCAGCUGCUGGCCUUCAAGGUCCACUCCUGAACCACCCCCGGGUGCUGAGCCGCCCGGCGUGGUGGUAGGACACCGCCACACCCAUCAGCAGCUCGCAGGAACCUGCAAUCACACCUCCGUUUCAUUGGACCUCUGACCUCCUUUGACACCGCCACUAGCGCAGCUAGCUAGCGCCAUGUCCCCCAGAGGCCUGGAGGACAGGGAGCUGGACUGAAGAGGCCCCCACGUAUGACCUGGGGCCCGGGCUGCUGCAGACCGUGAAACGUCAUUAUACUGUAGGGCUGAAAGGCCUUUGUUGUGGGGACACAGACCAACGAAGGCACUGACUCCAUGUUAUAUAUGUUAUAUAUAUUUAGUUUCUCCUUGUGUUAGGUGUGCGAGUGUAUAGCAAAUGAAAAAAAAUAUUUUUGCAGAUGUUAGGAGUGUCUGCUUUGUAUAGUGUAGACUUGGUUGGCAUUAAUAGUGCAAUAUGUGACUGCUUCUGGCUGUUUCCUCCUGCUCCAGGAGUUGCCGGUGGCCUGGAGGCAGAAGUAAGACAGAAGAGACAAUAAAGGAGAUGAAAUGAUUGGAAUGAACUGAGCAGCCACCAGAUUGGCUGAAAUAAUAAAACGACCAAGAAUGUCUUUGUUAGACAACGGCUCGGUGCGUCUGAAUAUAAUUGGAGUACGAAAAAGAGUGGAACCUAAUAUGAUCUUUGUUUUAUAGGUAAUUCUUUGAUUCAAUUUCUGUUUUUAAUAGAAUAACUUAUCUCUCUGUUCCUCGCUCCACAACCUCAUUCAGGAAUUGUGGCAAAAACAAUGAUGACAUUCCACAGAAAACCACCUUAUCAUUAGAACACUUAUACCUUAUGUGGUUGGGCAAAGAUCUUCCCUCUAGUUUUUAUUUCUUUGUUGUUUUCCGAACAAUGUAGAACCAGGUCUCUGGACCUGGAUUUAUCAGGGUUUAAGGAGGAAAAAACUUUUAAAUCUUCUGCACCUCCGCAUUUUGAAACAAACGUUGCAUGUAAUUCGCUGUUAGCUCGGUGCUGCUCACCUGUUAGCACGGUGCUGCUCGCCUGUUAGCUCGGUGCUGCUCGCCUGGUAGCUCGGUGCUGCUCGCCUGUUAGCUCGGUGCUGCUCGCCUGUUAGCUCGGUGCUGCUCACCUGUUAGCUCGGUGCUGCUCACCUGUUAGCUCGGUGCUGCUCACCUGUUAGCUCGUUGCUGCUAACCUCUUAGCUUGCUGCUGCUCACCUGUUAGCUCUGUGCUGCUCACCUGUUAACUGGCCCCCUGGUGGGCCCUCUGGUGCCCCCCUAGCCUUCUGGGGGGCCCCAAACUUACUCAACAGCGUGUGAGGGUGCACGAGGAUGAGGAGAUGGUCUUUUGUGGAGGACUAACCUGCGGAGGGCUAAGGGCUGCUGUCGGACAUUACAGUUCAGCUGAAGCUGUUUUGGUAUUUUUGAAAUUGUCAGUUUGUUUGUUUGGCCUUUUGAAUGCUGAUACUUAUAUAGCUUAUGUCUUUGUGAUGUGUAGGUGUAAUUACAAUUUACUGUGAAAGGAAUGCAGUACUUCUAUAAAUAGAUAUUAUAUAUUAUAUAUACAUAGUGCAUAAAUAUACAGAUGAAUAUAUCUAUAUAAAUACAUUUUAUAAGUGCAAAA